AAAAUUGGCCCGACGGGAGAGAGAGAGAGAGAGAUGGAGAUGCAGGAGGCUAAUCAAGGGUCUGAGGUUUCUCCAAAUCAGACGAUUUACAUCAACAAUCUCAACGAAAAAGUGAAGCUCGAUGAGUUGAAGAAAUCGCUGAACGCAGUGUUCUCUCAGUUCGGAAAGAUACUGGAGGUGUUGGCGUUUAAGACGUUGAAGCACAAAGGACAAGCUUGGGUAGUCUUCGACAACGCCGACUCUGCUUCCACUGCUAUUGCCAAAAUGAACGACUUCCCCUUCUACGAUAAACGCAUGAGAAUUCAAUAUGCCAAAACUAAAUCAGAUGUGGUUGCCAAGGCCGAUGGUACAUUUGUCCCUCGCGAGAAGAGAAAAAGACAGGAGGAGAAAGGAGGCAAGAAAAAGAAAGACCAGCACCAUGAUUCUACACAGAUGGGCAUGGCCAUGAACUCAGCAUAUCCAGGUGUCUAUGGAACUGCACCACCUCUUUCGCAAGUACCAUACCCUGGUGGUGUGAAACCCAUUCUUCCCGAGGCACCUGCUCCCCCAAAUAACAUCCUCUUUGUCCAAAACCUUCCUCACGAGACAACUCCAAUGGUGCUUCAGAUGCUCUUCUGCCAGUACCAAGGUUUUAAGGAGGUUAGGAUGGUUGAAGCCAAACCGGGAAUCGCCUUUGUGGAGUUUGCAGAUGAGAUGCAGUCAACAGUCGCAAUGCAGGCACUUCAAGGUUUCAAGAUUCAGCAAAACCAGAUGCUCAUCACGUAUGCUAAGAAAUAGAUAUGUUCGUUUGAUCUCUGGUUUCAGUGAGAUGUUUUGUAUCUGUCAAUGUUACUUCUUCCAUGGUUUGUGCAAGAAGUAAAAGCUUAUUUUUCUUCUGUUUUGUUGUAGAAUAUCUUAGAAUAUUGCAAUUGUCUAACUUAAUAGCUUUUUUUCUUCAUCUAAACAAUAUGCAUCUUGAUCGGUGGUUGUCUAUC